AAAAGAAGUACUAAAUUUUUUGUUUUCAUCAACUGGUUGCGUGGAGCCAUUUUUUACUUCACUCUGUGAUUGUCUGACCCGUGUGCUUUUGAAUCAUCUUUGCUUUGUUUUGCUUCUUUCUGCCACCAUUGUGUACAUUUGCUGCCAUUUUUCACAUCCAUGAUCUUUCAGUGAUUUUCUUGUCUCAACAACUACUCAUUAAACAGCACUAAGUAACUUAUACAGUGUUUUUUUUUUUUUUCUCUUUUUUUUUUGGAAGUUCAAUGUCGAUACUAUUAGCUACCCUUCUCACAAAGUCAAUGCACCGAGUGAAGUGUUUUCUUCUCCCAUGUGGAUCUGAGUCUCUUGCUUGCUCCGAGUGAACUUGGAUGAAGCUUCUCUAACCCUUCCUGGCUCCUCACCAUAAAAGUUACUUUUUUUCUUCGUGUUCUCUUUGUUUUUCAUGAGUUUCUCGUCUGGGUGUGGGGUUGGCGCUGCUGAAAGUGGUGGACGGUUGAAAGAAAAUCAAGGGUAAGCUGGGGAAACAAACAAGCCUUAUUUUUGUCUGAUGUAGACAAACUGUGAGAUCCAAGAGGACAAGACCAUAAUAUCCCCUCAAGACUCAGUCAUGUAUAGACCAUUCAUGACAUGUGAUGAUCCAAAAGGGGUUGUUGAGUGUGGGGCUAUAAGGAAAUACAGGACCAGUUCUCACAAAAUGAAGGACAAGACAAAAACUAGGAGGCCGGCAGAGGCAUCAUUGGCUACCAAACAAGACAAAGAAGAGAAGCUUUCAAAAGGAUCCACAGAAAGGUCCUUUGAUCCAUCAUCCUUGCAGCUCAUGGAGGUGUCCAGAGGGGCUCAAAGGUUGAAUAACAUGAUUGAGUCAUGGUCUAAGGGUCUUGGCUAUGAUGGAAGGUCUGAAGAUAUAGCAAAAGAUUUGCUAAAAGGGGCUCUUGACCUGCAAGAAUCUCUAUUAAUGCUUCGCAAGGUGCAAGAAGCUUCACAAAACACGGCUAGUUUGAAGAGAAAACAAGAUAGGAAGCCUGAGAGAGGCAGAUUUGAUGCAAAGGUGGUUGAUGGAACUUCACAUUGUGAUCAUUUUGGAGAACAAAGUUGUCCAAUGGGAUUCCAAAGACGUUGGGUGAACCCUUCAGCUGAUGCUUCUUCAAGUAGUUGUACUGAGGAACUCAAGAAGGUGAUUACAGAGAGCUUGGUUAGGCAAAAUUUGUUCAACACUGAAGGGUUGGAUUCAGCAUCCACAUUCCACUCUACAAACUCAAGCCAAUCCUCUGUGGCUUGGAAUGAUAGGCUUUCUGAUUCUUCUUUCUCACCCACAACUUCGAGGGGGGAAAGAGGACCUAAUCUUGUUGCCAAGCUGAUGGGCUUGGAAGAAGCCCCCUCAAGAUCAUUUCCAGCUGUUAAACAGUUGGAGAGUCCAAAGAUUCUCAAUCAGAAGAGGCCUAUGUUUGACAUAGAUAUGCCUAAGGUAAGAAAAAAUGUUGAGAAGGUUAAUCUGGAACAUAAGAUGACCUUGAGGGAAAUUCUUGAAACUACUCAUUUCAAUGGACUUUUGAAAAGUCCUGUCAGAGAGCCUAAGGUUCAGGUUCAUCAUUUCAUUGAUCCACAUUAUAAACAUGUUGGUGAUUUACCUCCCAUUGUGCUUAUAAAACCGCGAUGUACUCCAUAUCAGGAAUGUAUGAGAAGUUAUGAGCAUGUUGUUCCUCCAGAGGAGUUACCCCUUAGAAAUCUAAAAUCAAAAGCAGUCCCUUCCCAAAUUUUCCAACACAGAGAAGGCUCAACCGCCAACAUGGGGAAAAAAAUGGAAGAAUAUGUAUCCAAAAGGCUUGCCAAAGAGGAAAGAACUAAGGUCCUCAGAGAGGUUGUGGAACUGAAGGAAAAAGAAAUCAAGCCUGUUGAAAAUGAGAAGGCUCCAGGAGGGAAGGUAAAACUGCAUUGUCAUGUCAGUCACAAAUCACAGGUAAAUGAAAAUGUUGAUAAAAAAGCUAAGGUAAAGGGCAUUACCAAUAUUAUUAGCAGAAAGCUACCACAAAAAGAGGUUUCAAAGCCUAAAGUUGUGGCAAAAUCUCAUGAUCAAGGAGAAAUCAGCUCAACUAGUACAAAGUUGAGGAAGCCACAAAGUGGGUCCAGAAUUGACAAGAAUGAGAUUCCACUUAGAAAGAUCACUGCUUCAAAUUCAAACACCAUCUCAAAACCAAAGAGUCAGAAAAUCAGCAAUUCCAAGGAACAGAGAAAGAAUCAGAUGAAGAAGCCAAGGUCUGCUGUUGCUGAGCCUGAAGCAGCUAAACCAGUUGAGGAACAGUUAGAACAAGAACAACCAAAGAGUGUUGAUGUUUCUUGUAAAGAUGAUUGCCCUGAGAUUAAAAUAAUCACUACAAUAACAGAUGAUCUCGCAAUUGAGUGUGAAAAAAUACAUGCAACUUCAAAUAAGAUUACAGAAAAUUGUGAGCAAAGCCAGAGUUCUUCCGGUGAUGAUAUUUUGAUGCUAAAAUCUGAACAUGAAAAUGAACCUUUCCCUGCUGAGGAAUCUCAAGACAGCACAAAUAUCAGUGAAACAAAUUGCAACAAGCCUGACAAAGACUGUGAUGAGCUGAAAUAUACGCUUCUAACUAGCCAAUCAUUUAUUGAACACGCAGAGGAGUUCCUCGAUCUUGAAGUUGAUUGUCUCAAGAUCCUACCAAGAAGUGAAACCAAGGAAAUAGCCAAUCUCAGACUUUAUUUGGAUUGUGCAAAUGAACUCACUGAGAGCAAAAGCCUUCAGGGGUCACAAGCACUUCACCCUUUAUUGCUAACUUGUUCAGGGAAUCCAAGAAUGCACAUCUCUUUAGGAAGGUUGGUUGAUGAAGUCUAUAGUGCCAUUGAGAAUCUGACAUCUUACAGUGAAAAGCUAGCUUCAGAUAAUAUCUAUGCAAUGAUGGAGAGAGAUAUAAAGAGCAACAAUGGACUGAUGAAUGGAAUAUGGAACUGGGGUUGGAGGCAUGGAUUUUCUGCAGAUGAAGCAGAGCAAGUUGUGAAUGAAGUGGAGAACCUAGUUUUAGGUGGAUUGAUUGAGGAGGUAAUUGUAAAUUUAUGAUUACAUGUUUUGAGACAGUGAUGUAUACAGCCUUUAGAUAUCAGCAUCUUCACCUUGUAUAUAAGGACUCAUUGAAAUUGAUACAAGAAAGAAGAGUUGAACCCCUUGGCUGCAGAAGUUGCAUAGUUUUGGUAUGAGAAGCUUAUGUUUUAGAAUAGUAUAAUAAUACUCAUACUAUUGAAAUAUCUAUAAUGCAUUCAUUCAUUGACCUUCCAUACUAAUAAUUUCAAGCUAUUCAUGAA